UUGCUCUCUCGGCAGAACUGAGUGACUCUAGCUAGCGCAGUAAUUUUAUUGUCGAUUGCUUUCCAACCCAGGUUUUAUCAGUUAAGUUACAACUUGAAUAAUUAAGCUGUAGUGAGAGAUACAGUUUAGGAGACCCCCCCUCCCCCUUAGCAGAGGCCAGGUUAUUAUUAUUUCUUUUAGGAAAAGCUGAAGAUGAGAAGUCUGUCAGGCACGUUGUUAAACACACGAAGGCAGGACACAGACACAUCCCAGGAGCAGAUCGACGAAGAUGGAUUUAUCUAACCAUCUUUACGGUCCCCCGAGCCCUUCCUGUGUAUCCACAGUCGCCUUACUCUUCCACCCAGAGUUUUAUCUUUGCCCUACGUGCGUGUGGGGUUUUUCACUAAAGAAAGAAAGGACGGAACCCCAAACUCUAAUGAGAAAACAGCAGCCGUUUCUCUCCUUCCCACGGGUUCCAGGGCCUUAAUUUGACCGGGCAGGUGUCGGAGCUGCAAAAUUUGUCUCCACCAUUUUCUCCGCGCUGGAGGGAAGGGACCAGCCCUCCCGGGCGCUGCCUGGCGGGGAAGCGGAGCGAGGAGCGAGGAGCGAGGGCCCCGGGUCCGGAUCCCUUCCUGGGUCUCGGAAUCUCCCCGGGACGCGUGGUCCGGCUCCCGCGGGCGCGGCGGCGGCGGCUGCUGCUGCGCGCGGCUUCCAGCGACCCCUGUCGGGGGUGUCCGGCAGCCGCCCAGCGCACCGCCCCCCGCCCAGGCCGGCUCGGGGAGGGAAAGGGGCUGCGCCCGCGAGCGCCGAGCCCAGGCUCCUCCCGGUGGCGUGUCCGCGCCUCGGGGUGGGGGUGUGGCGGGGACGAGGGAGGGGGCGAGGCCAGGGGAGGGCGAGAAGGAGGCGCCAGCGUCCAACCUGCGGGCGGGAGGUGGUUGGCGGUGGGGCAAUUGAAAAAGAGCCGGCGAGGAGUUCCCCCCAACUUGUCGAAACUCCGGGCUCGCGCGGAGGGCAGGAGCGGGGUGACUGCGGCUGCCGGGCGACGCAAGCGCUGGCCGGACGGUGAUUGCCUCUCCCUCCUCGGGCUGCGAGCGCGCCGGACAGAGGCCGCGACAGGAGCCGACAGCGGCGGGAACCGAGCACUUCCCUGCGCGACAGGGGCCGCCCCGAGAGCGAGCGCGACCGCCGGACGCAGCGACCGCCAGUCCCAGGUGGCCCGCACCGCACGCCGCGUCCCCGCGCUCCCCGCCGGCGACAGGAGACGCCCCCCGCGCAGCGCGCGCGCCGCAGCCCGGCCGGUGGUUCUACCCGCCUCCGCCCCCCGCCCUCGAGGGACAAACUUUUCCCAAAGCCGAUCCCAGCCCUUGGACCAAACUUGUCGCGCGUCGCCUCCGCCGGGCGCCGUCCGCGCAGAGCGUGCACUUCUCGGGCGAGAUGUCGGAGCGCAAAGAAGGCAGAGGCAAGGGGAAGGGCAAGAAGGACCGAGGCUCCGGGAAGAAGCCUGCGCCCGCGGCGGGCGGCCCGAGCCCAGCCUUGCCUCCCCGAUUGAAAGAGAUGAAAAGUCAGGAGUCUGCAGCAGGUUCAAAACUCGUGCUUCGGUGCGAGACCAGUUCUGAAUACUCCUCUCUCAAAUUCAGAUGGUUCAAGAAUGGGAAUGAAUUAAACCGAAAGAACAAACCACAAAACAUCAAGAUACAAAAAAGGCCAGGGAAGUCAGAACUUCGCAUUAACAAAGCAUCACUGGCUGAUUCUGGAGAAUAUAUGUGCAAAGUGAUCAGCAAAUUAGGAAACGACAGUGCUUCUGCCAAUAUCACCAUUGUGGAUGCAAACGAGAUCAUCACUGGCAUGCCAGCCUCAACUGAGACAGCGUAUGUGUCUUCAGAGUCUCCCAUUAGAAUAUCAGUAUCAACAGAAGGAGCAAAUACUUCUUCAUCCACAUCUACAUCUACCACUGGGACAAGCCAUCUUGUCAAGUGUGCAGAGAAGGAGAAAACUUUCUGUGUGAAUGGAGGCGAGUGCUUCAUGGUGAAAGACCUUUCAAACCCCUCAAGAUACUUGUGCAAGUGCCCAAAUGAGUUUACUGGUGAUCGCUGCCAAAACUACGUAAUGGCCAGCUUCUACAAGCAUCUUGGGAUUGAAUUUAUGGAAGCGGAGGAGCUCUACCAGAAGAGGGUGCUCACCAUCACCGGCAUCUGCAUCGCGCUGCUUGUGGUCGGCAUCAUGUGUGUGGUGGCCUACUGCAAAACCAAGAAGCAACGGAAAAAGCUUCACGACCGGCUUCGGCAGAGUCUUCGCUCUGAACGAAACAACAUGGUGAACAUAGCCAACGGGCCCCAUCACCCCAAUCCACCCCCCGAGAACGUGCAGCUGGUGAAUCAAUACGUAUCUAAAAAUGUCAUCUCCAGCGAGCAUAUUGUCGAGAGAGAGGCGGAGACGUCUUUUUCCACCAGUCACUACACUUCGACAGCUCAUCACUCCACUACUGUCACCCAGACUCCCAGUCACAGCUGGAGCAACGGACACACUGAAAGCAUCAUUUCAGAAAGCCACUCUGUCAUCGUGAUGUCAUCUGUAGAAAACAGUAGGCACAGCAGCCCUACUGGGGGCCCAAGAGGACGUCUUAAUGGCUUGGGAGGCCCUCGCGAGUGUAACAGCUUCCUCAGGCAUGCCAGAGAAACCCCUGACUCCUACCGAGAUUCUCCUCAUAGUGAAAGGUAUGUAUCAGCAAUGACCACCCCGGCUCGUAUGUCACCUGUAGAUUUCCACACGCCAAGCUCCCCCAAAUCGCCCCCUUCGGAAAUGUCUCCACCCGUGUCCAGCACGACGGUGUCCAUGCCCUCCAUGGCAGUCAGUCCCUUCGUGGAAGAAGAGAGACCCCUGCUUCUUGUGACACCGCCAUGGCUGCGGGAGAGGGAUGUCCAGCACGUUCAGCAGUUCAACUCCUUCCACUGCAACCCCGCGCACGAGAGCCACAGCCCACCCCCUAGCCCCUUGAGGAUAGUGGAGGAUGAAGAGUAUGAAACGACCCAGGAGUAUGAACUGACUCAAGAGUCGGUUAAGAAACUCACCAACAGCCGGCGGGCCAAAAGAACCAAGCCCAAUGGUCAUAUUGCCCACAGAUUGGAAAUGGACAGCAACACAAGCGCUGAGAGCAGUAACUCAGAGAGUGAAACAGAGGAUGAAAGAGUAGGAGAAGAUACACCUUUCCUGGGCAUACAGAACCCCCUGGCAGCCAAUGUUGAGGCAGCCCCUGCCUUCCACCUGGCUGACAGCAGGACUAACCCAGCAGGCCGCUUCUCUCCGCAGGAAGAAUUGCAGGCCAGGCUGUCCGGUGUAAUCGCUAACCAAGACCCUAUUGCUGUAUAAAACCGAAAUAAACCCAUAGAUUCACCUGUAAAACUUUAUUUUAUAUAAUAAAGUAUUCCACCUUAAAUUAAACAAUUUAUUUUAUUUUAGCAGUCCUGCAAAUAGAAAACAGGAAAAAAAAUCUUUUAUAAAUUAAAUAUAUGUAUGUACAAAUGUGUUAUGUGCCAUAUGUAGCAACUUUUUACAGUAUUUCCAAACGAGAAAGAUAUCAAUGGUGCCUUUAUGUUAUGUCGAGAGCAAGUUUUGUACUGUUCCCGUGAUUGCUUUUUCACAGUAUUUCAGCAAACCCUCUCCCACCCCACAUAUUCCGUUUCUGCUGGCUUCUUGUGCGUUGCAUUAUGACGUUGACUCGAUGUAUGAUUUACAGGAUUUGCAACUGUCCCUCUGUCCGCUUCAAGUAGUUCUCGAUCAGUACGUCUUGUAAUGGCACAUCCAUCCAAAUACUCCCCUUCUGUGUGAAAUAUUCUUUUGCUUUCAGUAUAUGAAAUGAGUUGUGUCUACGACUCUGCCAGCCAAAGGUCUGCUUCACUGGGCUCUGAGAUAAUAGUAGAUCCAGCAGCAUGCUACUGUUAAUUACAGCAGGAAACUGCAUUAAGUCAUGUUAAACAUUAGGAAGAAAGUAAUAUUGUGAUUUUUUUUUUUUCAAAAACUGUAUGAUUCAUCAGAAGACAGCUUGCUUGACAAAAGGAGCUACCAUUUACUUUAUUUUGAUUGAUUAUUUUUCUCGGCCAAAAAAAAAAGCAAGUUUUCGGGAUAGCAGAGAAAAUGGGUUCUGGCUACCGAUCAGGGUAAAAUCCAGCCCCUAAGGCGAGGAUCGGUUUCACCUUCUCUCUCUGGGGGAAUGAUACAGCGGCUCAUCUAGCUGAAGAGCAAACCAUGGCUGGAAAAGGUGCAAUCGUUCCUGACUUGUGUUUUUUCACUGAUUUUGGAGCUAGGGACCGGUUGUGUCUUCUUGGCUCAAGGACAGACAUAUUAUGGCACAAAACCCCAGCUUCAACAGCACACUCAGCAAUUUGUCUGAAGUACUUCUAGAGUGAAAUGUGCCUGCUGUACAUACUGGUGACGUCAUCGUAGGGAAAUUCUUCUUAGACUGUCUAGAGGAGUGAAUACAUAGAAGACACGGGGGAGAGCAGCUGUGUGACUUGGUUAGUAAUUUUUAAGUUUUUUUGACCAUUCCUUUGUCCUCAUUAUGUUCCUCUCAUUUUUCAAUGUUGCCUUGAUUAAGUCAUAACUAUGCAUGAACAUUUUUGUCAGGAAUGGCCAGUGUGCAUGUGAUUUCUGAUUAGUAAGAACCUCCUACGAGUGAUGAUUCAUCAGGAAAUGGCAAUAGUCUUGGAAAGAUUGCACCUUUCCUUGCAGAAAUGACUCCCACCUGUGUGCUAACCUCUCUGUUUAGAGCUGUAUCACCCGUUUUCCCCCUUUCUUACUUUUUUGCUUUACUGUCACAAAAACAGGAUUAAGAUGGGUCUAUACUUUGCACGUUCACUUGGGAUUGCCAAUCCAAGGAAAGCCUGUAGGUAGAAACAUUUGAAAUAACUGCUAAUCCAGGAAAAUAAGAGAAUUAAAAAAAAAAAAAUCACAGCCCCAUUUCUGUCAGAUUGGGCUGGAGCUUUACUUACGUUCCAAGUGGCCUCCUAGGAGCCAUGGAACAAAACGGGGAACAGGUUAGCAGGGGGUUCAAAAUACCAGACAUGAAGUCAAGGAGAGUGACUCUUCUUGUUUGCAGGUGAACUGAAUCUAUUUCUUCACCAAAUCUCUAUGUUAAAAUUAAAGGAAAGAAGUGACAUGCAAGGAGGUUUUAGAAGAAAAAUGCAGGCUGAGCAUGAGUCAUGUCAUUAAGCUCCUAAGUGUUUCUACAAUCCACAGAGACACCUGUCUACAGGUCCUUGAAGUUACUCUUAGUAUUUGGUAUCCCAAGCAUCCUUCAUGGUUCCAUGCCACUUUCUCUGCGCUCAGCGGUAUCUUCAUGUGCUUGUUCACCUCUCCUAAGGAGGCCCUGACAACUCUCCAGGUUGCACUGAUUUCCCAAUUCUGUAGAAUCAGUUAAGCUCAUGGCAGGGGAGAGAAAGCAGUCAAGCAGUGAAGAGAUUCUCUAAAUUACUCUAAUAUUGCAUUUGAAGACCUUGACUCAUUCUUAGUCUAUUUCAAUUUAAAAAAAGUCCCACUGUAAUUAAAACUCUAAAAUUUCUGUUUCAAAUUCUUCAGGCAUUUGGAGUCCCAUUCUGGAGAAUUUCAGGAAUAAAUAAAAUCUUCUGUUGAGAGCAAUGAACAACAUUUUCCUCAGUAUGAAAAAUCACUGUAAAUUUUCAGGUUGCAAAAAUAGAUGAAAAUUGAGAGGAAAUUUUCUUUCCAACUGGUUCUGGUCACUCACCGAGGUGGCAUAUCUGUUGGGACAGGCUUUCUGUCCAUAGAAUGAGAGGUUCCCUUGAUAGGAAAGGUCAGCUGACUCCUCGGGGCUGCCUGCUGUGGUCCCCGGAUUUGGGUUCCCAGAGGCAUCUCCAGGAUGUUUAAAUGCCACCAUCCCUGUUUAUAAACUCAAGAGUGCAGUCGCAAUCCAAAGGAAUGUGAACCUACGUUACCCGCAUAUGGGAAACUUUUGUGGGUCUUCAGGUAGCAGAAAUUGCCCAGAAGUUGGACGGCGACUUUGUUUCCUGGGUCUGAAAUCAUAUCCCGCUGAGAAAUGUGGAGUGGAGCAUAGUAUAUGAAAAACUCCUUUUUCUCACUCCAGAUUCCUUUACUACCCUACUCUCCCUCCUUGCUUGGUAGGACUUUUGUUUUUGAGAGUACCUGGACAGUCUCGUGCUUUCUACAAAAUGGCACUCUGCCUGGGUAUUUAUGAAUGUGUCCCAAAGAGCAACAUGCCGUAUCUUCCUUAUUUAAGUGUGACUGUCUUGAUAUGGUUAGAGUUUAUCCAGGGUCAUUUGCUCAGUAACUUUUUUUUUGGCCCGGGGUUGAAAGGUGCAUGGCUCACAUUGGUGAAAAUAAGGAAGACCUAGUUUUAUCUUUUAGUCCUGGCUGCUUCCCACCAGCCACAAAGAUUUCUAUCUACAAAGACCCAUGAAACACUGCAGAGAGAGGCAGUCAAAAGGAAACGGCCACAUAUCACAAGUUCUAUUAUAUAUUCUUCUGUAAAUACACAUUGUACACUACUUGGAUGCUUCCCUAAAUCAUUUACUGUCUUUAUGAGUUCAUGUCAGUUUUCUUUUACUCUCUCAACUUACUAUGUAACAUUGUAAAUAACAUAAUGUCCUUUAUUAUUUAUAUUUAAACAAACACCUAACAUAGAGUUGUUUUCAUAUAAGUUUAAGAUAAAUGUCAAAAAUAUAUGUUUUUUGGUUCUCCUUUGCUUUAAAAUUAUGUAUCUUUUCCUUUUUCUUUUUGUUUUUAAAGAAUAAUUUAUUGUUCAGGAGAAAGAAUGUAUAUGUAAUUGAAACUAUUUGAAGAAUGCACAUUUGAAGGCCGUGAGGUACUGAUAAACUAAAGAAUUUAUUAUCCAACAUACUAAGCAAUAA